AUGUGGGCUAAAGUCGUUGUGUUGUUACUUCUCGUGCCUGCGUGCCGAGUCCAGUAUCUCGAAGAAGAAGCUGAGGAGUACAAAAAUGCAGAUUUCUACGACAACUAUGAAGAAACUGAAACCACAAUACAAGUGCUUACCACCACACCGAUGGAGUCCCCACCGUACACUAGGGUCCGGAGAUAUGGCAGCUCAAAUAAAAAACGGACCCUCGACCCACAGGAAUUUCGAGAUAUUAAAGAUGUACUUCGGGACAUAUUCGCCAAUCGGAGAAUAGAAGCGGGGGCAGCAGCUGAACUGACGAAGACUUCGACCCUCUUUGACUCAACCCCACAGACUGACACUUCAUUCGACCAGAGCCACACACUCUCCCAAAUUAAAGAUACCGUACACAACCAGACAGAUUUUUUUUAUGACCAGAGUGAGAAACCCACAUUAUUCAGUAAUACGUCCAGGGAUACAAUUGAAGAUGCUGGAAAUAAAACUGAAAAAGAUAUACUGAUAAAGCACACUGAUAGUCCAUUAGUAUCUCAAAAGACGUACGCCCACCCCUAUGAUUGGAUGUCAAGCGAAAGAGAUCUCUCAUCGAUUAAUGAAACACAGGGAGAGAGAAGUGCUCUGAAGGAAGCAAUCAAAAGAUUGAACCGACGAGUAGAGAUUUGGGAGCCCCAGGAUGUGACGAACACGAUCCUGACUACGCUUUUGGAGUUCUUGGACAAUUCCACAGAGAAGACCCUGAAUCCACAAGAAAUCAGAGCUGUUGAUGAUGCCCUUCAAAGGUUCAUCGCUGGCCAAAAGCGCACUGUGACUAGAACAUCAAAGAGUCCAAGUAAUAGCACAGCUAACCCAGACUAUUUGGAAGUCAGUGAUAGCACAGAAGAAAGCUGGGAGACCAAGAUGUCCACCGUAACUGAAUUGUAUGAGGUCACGGAGUAUGAUGAGGGUGAUACCGAUGAUACUGAUGCUGAUGAUGGAGGAAUUUUUGCACUGCGAGAUAAGAAAACGCUAAAACGUGUCAAAGAGAAGAAAAAGAGAACCAAGAGGAUCAGUAGGACGCAGAGAACGCUGACACCGAGACUUCCUGGUGGAAUGAUGGUCGAUGGCAAGUGGCAUACGUUUCCACCUGGAUGGCCAUAUAAAUCGACACUUUGUCCGACAACACAAAACACUCCUUACAAGUUGGAUAUUAGUGGUAUGCUGAAGAUUCUUGCAAAUCUAACGUAUGAUUAUGACAUGGAUCUGGUGGAGAGGUUCAAUGAGAGUAUGUACGCGUACAGCAUACCUACAUGUCCAACAUAUAAAUACGGAUAUGGCGUGGCCAUAGGCGAUAAAACCACGGUGUUGGACUUCGACAACACCACCGUUGUGGCUAAGUGUUUCGUUUGUGGUCUGACGGCAACCCACAUUCCUCAAGACGCGUACUGCGGUGACGCGUUCGCUGGCGAUUUCCUCCCCCUGGUGCCUGUAGACCCUCGGGCCAGAGGACACAUCGCUAGGUACAGGAAGUAUUGCAGAUAUUUAGACAGUCGGACCCCUAUAGAAAUUCCGGAACACCCUCGAGCGGUGUACGGCAGAUUCUCCGGAGGAUGCUCAGUGAGAUGGACUGAUCUAUCAGGGGUGUACACCCAGAGGACUUGCAGGAGCAAAAGGAGAGCGGUCACCGGCAAUCAUUUCGGCAGUAAGAGGAUGGCGAAAUUAGAAAUGGCACUCAAUCAUCUUGACAACGGCUGCAUAAUAAGUCCAAUGGCCACAUUAUUGCCUUUGUCCAGAGGUAUUUCCUUAUACGCGCGGUUCCAUGCCUGCGUGUGUACUGGUGCCUGGUGCAACCAAGCCAAACAGGAGGUGCCUUGGAUGGUGAACAUUAUAAUUACGUUCUGGUUCUACAAUUUGUUGAAAAAUAAAUAA